AUGUCAAAACAGCCGAGGAUGGCUCGCAAUGUUAAGUUACUACUUGAUGGAGGGACAACAAUUGUGGAAGUCUAUUUCUACUUUAAUAUGACCAUACACAGUCAAUGCAAAACCUUUGCCAUGGUCUCGGAGUAUAGCGAUCCACAUCAAGAACUUUUACAGUGCUCAUUUCACGCAGUAUUCACAUGUCACUACCACGGUGACACUUCAUUAAAACUCACUGAAGCUUCCACAAUUCAAUCAGUGGUAGCCAUGGUUCCGCACCAAUUUCUGGGUAUCAACAGUAUACUUUUCUAUCUUAUAGAGUGA